AUGCCCCGACCCAAGCCCGCCGCUGCCGCCGCCGCCGCCGGCGGCGGCGGCGGCUGGCUCUCACGGUGGGGGUGGGACCUCAUGCUCGGAUCGAUCGCCGCGUUCUACGCCGUCAUGUCGCCCUACACCAAGGUGGAGGAGAGCUUCAACGUGCAGGCCAUGCAUGAUAUUCUUUGUCACAGUUAUCACAUCGAGAAGUAUGAUCAUUUAGAAUUUCCUGGAGUUGUUCCUCGAACAUUUAUAGGAGCAUUUGUUAUCUCUAUUCUCUCAUCACCGACAGUCUUUGUAUUGCGUUUACUUCAUGUUCCAAAGUUCUAUAGUCUUCUUACAGUUCGAUUAACAUUGAGUUGUGUCACUUUGAUGAGUUUGAGACUUCUCAGAGUUCAGGUAAAAAAGAAGUUUGGCCAUCAAGCAGAAGCAUUCUUUGUGGUACUAACUGCUAUCCAGUUUCACUUGCUGUUCUACUCAAGCCGUCCGCUUCCAAAUAUCUUUGCUUUAGCUUUAGUCAACUUGGCAUACUCUUUCUGGUUCAAGGGAAGCUACCUAUGUACAUUACAGGCUCUGAUUGUUGCAGCAGUUGUUUUUAGAUGUGAUAUGAUUCUGCUUCUUGGCCCAAUAGGGCUUGCACUUUUGCUCAGCAGAUCUGUUUCUCUGUUGGAAGCAGUAAAAUAUUGCAUAAGCACUGCCCUUAUAUGCAUCGGAUUUACCGUGCUAGUUGACUCUAUAAUGUGGCGUCGAAUCCUGUGGCCAGAAUUUCAAGUUCUCUGGUUUAAUUCAGUUCUGAAUCGGAGCUCAGAAUGGGGUACCCACUCAAUUCAUUGGUACUUUACCUCGGCGCUUCCACGUUCCAUGAUUGUGGCAUACCCUCUUUGCAUGGUUGGUGCUCUUCUUGAUAGAAGGAUAGUACCUUACAUGCUUCCGGUCUUCUUAUUUGUUGUGCUCUAUUCAAAACUUCCACAUAAGGAACUUCGUUUCAUAAUUGGCUCAAUUCCCAUGUUUAAUGUGUCUGCUUCACUAGCAGCUAGCAGACUAUAUAACAACCGAAAGAAAGCUGGGUGGAAUUUGCUUUAUAUUCUCAUGCUUGGUGCCUUUCUUGUCAGUCUAGGAUACUCUACUGUGACUUUUAUGGCAUCCUACAACAAUUAUCCUGGUGGCUAUGCUUUAAAGGCUCUACACGAAGCAGAUUCUUCAGUGAAGGAAAAGAUGGUACAUAUUGAUGCCUUCACUGCGAUGAGUGGGGUUUCUCGUUUCUGUGAAAAUGAAUAUCCUUGGAGAUACUCCAAGGAGGAAGAAAUUCCCAUUGAAGAAUUUGAGAAAAGGAAUUUCACCUAUCUACUGAAUGAACACCGCUCCAUUGGUGGCUACCAGUGCUUGUUUGCUGUGGAUGGAUUCUCCAGAGUAAAACUUAAACCCCAAAUUCCCCCGCUUUCUCUGGUGAAAGAACCCAAGGUGUUCGCACAUGGGAAUAUGAGAGACCCUGACGUUCUUUCACUGAAUUGGCCCGGUUGUCCUUGA